CUCAGCUGGAGUCCUCCAGCGGAUGCCGCGCCUAAAUGUUCUUACAGUAUCCCCAUUACUUUUUACUGUUACACAGCAUGAAUCCUAUUUCAGGCAUGCGGCCUUAUCCCUUCUCCCAAAUGAGAACGCUUCGCCCACUGCUUACAAGCACCAAUUCACCACCAUACCACAAUGGCUAUCUGCGGGUUCGAAGGCAAUGGCGAUAUGUAUGGACUCGGAAUUCGGUUAGGAUACUACCUUCAAUGGUAUGGAGCGAUAUUCGCCGCGUGGUUUGCCCCAACCGAGUCUCGCUCUCUUCGGUUCACCAAUGCACUGUUUAUUGCUGCGUCGUUUCUGGCCUUGGUUAUUAUCACGGCUCGCGAUAUGGAGUCGCUCCAACCAGUGGAGGUAUACAUCAUACUGUUGCUCAUGUUCGGUGCCUACCUCGCACUGAUUCCAAUCUAUCUGUGGCGACUGCUCACUAAAUGCGACCCGUACUGGGACCCUACGAGAUAUCCUCUGGUGAUACCGGGAGCGGUCUUCGCAAAUUUACACCUACUUUUGCUGGUCGGUGUGUUGGUAUAUCAAUACUGGUUCUGGUUCAAUCGAGUCUCUAGUCUGGACCACGUGAAUUGCCAGCAAUAUGGCUUCUUCUUUGCGCAAAUCCGACUAAACAACAAGGGCUUCGUUGCAGUAAACAUUCUGGUGUUCUUCUUCUUGGGCUUAGUCUGUUUAUAUAUUAUUUGGUUGAAGAUUCGACGGGCCGCUGGGUUACCAUCUCCACGCGCAAAAAGGAGACGACACCUAAUCGCCCAUAUCGAACUCCUUGGCAAUAUCGAUGUCUGGGUUAAAAUUGUUGUAGCCCUCACUGUAACGGUUGCAACCGAGCUUGUCAUUGAUUGGAAUGGGAUAGAGGGUGUCAACUCCCUCUCCUCGGCUGGACAAACUAUUCCAUUCUUGAUUGGGCUAGGCUCCGUCCUUCGUAUCUUCUACGUAUACUGGUUCCCCCAUGAUGGAAAUGACGACAGCGACGGCGACAGUUACUAUAGCACCGAGUAUAUGCAGCCUUAUCGGCGGCCUAGGCCUGUUGAUGAACUACCACUGCCAGCCGCUGCCCCUCCUAUGCGCCCGCCGCCCCGGACACAUCGUAGGUCUUAUUAG